UUUAAAAUAUUUCAUAUUUCAUAUUACAAAUUUUGCCAAAAAUUAUGCCAAGAAAUUAUCGUCCAAGUUUUAAAUCCAUUAGCCGUAUUGAAUUAGAUGAUGGUGGUGGUGGUGGUGGUGGUGGUGGUGAUAAUUUUUAUGACUAUCAUCAUCAUGAUCAUCAUGACCAUCAUCGUCAAUUUGUUCGAAAUGAUGAGUUUUUUCAAUCAUUUCAUAAUAAAUUAAAACGUUUGACCGAUCAAACAACAGAAAUGGCUGAACAUCUACAGAAUAUGACCGAUACAAUAAAUACAAUGGCAUUAUCAUUACAAUAUUUAACUAAUAAUCUUGGUUUAUUCAUGGAUGGAUCAUCACCAUCAAGAAUGAAUAGUACAACAAUUUUGAUUGAUGAUACAAGUCGUACAUUACAAUCAAUUGGUAAUUCUAUGCAUACAUUCAAUGAUACAGAUGUUAUGAUUAAUCGAAAUGAUUCAAUUGAAAAAAUUCGACAACAAUUGAAUGAUGAUGAUGAUAAUCAUGAAUCAUUGUUUAUUGAACCACAACGUUCAUUUAUCAUAUCGGAUAAUGAGGAAGAAGAAGAACAAGAACAAAAUAUAAUGAAUAAAUCAAUGGAUCGAAGUAAUUAUCGAUUCUUUCGUCAUAAACAAAAUAAUGAUAUUUAUUCUAAAACAAAAACACAGCAAUCAAAACCAUCAUCAUCAUCAUCAUCAACACCUCAGGUGAAUAAAUUGCCCAAUUCAUCGACGGAUAACAAAGUUGGUGGCAAAAAACCAUCGAAAAACAAACAACAACAACAAAAAAAAUCCGUUCCAAUAGCCAAAAUGAAUGAUGAUAAUGAUGAUGAUGAUGAUGAUGAUCCAUUUGUAUUUCCAUCCACCACCACCGCCACUAACAGCGAAUCAUCAAAAAAUCGUCGAGGAAAAUCCCGUGCAACUAAAAUAAAUAAUGUCGUACAAACAAAGAAAACAAAUAAAAAACCAGUGAAAAAACGGUGAAUGUGAAUCUUUUUUUUAAAAAAAAAAUUGCUUCGAUUUUAUUUAACCAAAAUUUUCAAAUUUUAAUAAAAAUCAUUUUUUAAAUACACACGUUUGCUUGAGCUCGUUUGUGCAAAAAUCAUCAUCAUCACAAUUAAUAUAUAUAUAUAAAAAACAAGAGAACAACAAAAUUUACAUAUAAAAAAUAUUAUUAAUUAAAUCAAAGGCUUUGUAGUUGAUGAUUCUUGAUUAUUCUUCUCUUUUGAAAUCAUAUCAUCAUCAUCAUUAUCAGUAUCAGUAUCAGUAUCAUCAUCACUAUUAUUAGUAUUUACAACAGUACGAUCCAAACCAACACCAGCUGACAUAAUCUCAUAAUGACAAUCAUCAUCAUCAUCCAUUUGUAAUUGUUCAUCAUAUUGUUGUUGAUGUGGAUAUUGAUGAUGAUGAUGU